UAGACGUCAUGUACUUUCCGUGUACAUUCGAACUAUGUACUUACAUAAAUCGUAAAGUUUGUUAGUUUUAUGUAUUUUUUAAAUUAAAACGUAAUAAUAUAAAAGUAUACAGAAUAAAUAUUGAUCGUUGACAUUGUGCGAAGUGGAAGUAACAAAGUUAUGAUAGUGUGUUCAGUCAUAAUUAAUAGUAAUCAGUGUCGAAGACUUUACGUACCUUCUUAAGUGUCGGAGUUUAGGUACACAUAAAUUUACUGAAUGCUACGUGAAACCAAUAAAGGAUUAAUUGCUUAGCAUAAUAUACAUAUAAAGCAGGAAACAUGGUGCAAGCAAUUUUCGGCGUGUGGGACUACAUCAUCAUGUCUGCAACAAUGUUAGCUUCUGUCCUAAUUGGACUUUAUUUCCGAUUUAGUGGAGGGAGACAAAAAACCAAUGACGAAUACCUUCUAGCUGACCGUAAUAUGGCAAUAUUCCCAGUCGCUGUAUCAUUAAUGGCGUCUUUUAUGUCCGCAAUCACACUUUUAGGGGUGUCCGCUGAAAACUAUUACUACGGCAUGGUAUUCGUCGUAAUAAACAUAGCUUACGGUAUCGCCACCCCUAUAGCGUCUAGGUUAUAUCUUCCAGUAUUUUUUGGACUACAGAAAACUAGUACUUACGAAUACUUAGAGUUACGAUUUGGGCCGCAUAUAAGACUGUUAGCAUCCCUAACGUAUACAUUGCAAAUGGUUUUAUAUAAUGGUAUAGUUUUAUAUGCACCCGCGAUUGUUUUGGAAUCAGUGACAGGGCUGGAUAGAUUGAUUUCUAUCCUUGUGGUUGGAUUGGCUUGCACCUUUUACUCAACUUUGGGGGGCAUGAAAGCUGUAUUAUUCACAGACUUAUUACAAUCUUUUCUAAUGUUCGGAGCAGUGUUCAGUAUAGUUAUAUUUGCAUCGGUGCAACUCGGUGGAUUUGAGCAAAUCUUCAUCAAAGCACAGGAGGGCGGACGAUUAGAUUUUUCAAAUUUCAGCGUAGACCCAAAAGAAAGACACACUUGGUGGUCAUUGAUCAUUGGUGGAUGUAUUACAUAUCUUUCUUUAUAUGCUGUUAAUCAUACACAGGUGCAACGCCUACAAACAGUGAGUACAUUGGAGCGAUCGCAAAAGUGUCUUUGGUGGAGUUGGCCAGUACUAUCGGUACUCAGUUUAGCAACUUGUACCAGUGGUUUGAGUAUGUACGCCGUAUACAAGGAUUGUGAUCCGUUGGCAAGCCAGAGUAUUACUGCAAUUGAUCAGCUGAUGCCAUAUUAUGUGGUGGACGUUAUGAAAUCAGUGCCAGGCCUGGCGGGGCUGUUUGUAGCUGGAAUCUUCAGUGCUUCUCUUUCAACAAUAUCAGCAGCUUGUAAUGCGCUAGCGGCUGUCACUCUAUCCGAUUACGUUGGCAGGUGGUUUAAAGUGAAUCCUUCGUACGUGCCAUGGCUCACAAAGCUAGCGGCGUGCUUCUUCGGCUUGGUGUUCCUUGCUCUAGCCUUCGUUGCUGAACACCUCGGUGGAGUCCUGCAAGCUGCCCUGACUAUAUUCGGUGCGGUUGGAGGACCUCUACUGGGCAUAUUUACUCUGGGAAUGUUUACCACUUACGCGAACGAAAUGGGUGUAUCUGUUGCACUGUUGAGUGGAAUGGCAAUGACGCUUUGGAUAAGCUUCGGAGGACCAAGACCGUCUCCAGUAAAACUGCCAGUUAGCGUGGAAGGUUGCCCUUUCAAUGCUACCCUGCCAACACCAUCUCCGUCUCAACCUAGCGAUUAUUUCUAUUUGUACAGAAUCUCUUACAUGUGGACGAGCCCGAUUGGUUUUAUCUGGGUCCUCGUAGUAGGAUCUGUUAUAUCUCUUGUUUGGAAACAGCAACAGCCUUGGCAGAAAGCUGGGCAAACGCACCCCGACCCAGCACUUUUCACACCUCCUCUAGCAAAUAGAUUAAGAGCCAAAAACGAGAAGAAAUCUGGUAUUCAGAUGGACAACCACCAAAACGCACAGAAUUCCUGAACAACUUGGUACUUCAGAUUAAUGCACUUGCCAUAUUACAGUUCUAUUGACGUCAAUUUACACGGCAAACGACCCUAAGAACAAUGAACAAGUUCAUCAUCGUCAAAAAGUUUUGAAACCGAGCGAAUUUUGUCCACGUCUGUUUUUUAUCCUUCACUCAGCUGCCAUACGUGUAUAAGUUAGUGUUUGUUUUGCCAUUAGUACUGCCCCUAAGCACGCAAACUUCCAUAAAUAAGAAACUGAAGAAAAAUAAUUAUU